AAUACCCAGCCAGUCUGUGGCCGCGACGCGCUCCGCUCGUACGUACGCGGUCGAAAAAUCCCACAAAGUUAAAACUUAUGUGCAUUAAAUUAUAAAGUUUGGUGACGUGAUAUUCGCCUGAGCAAACAUCCAAAUCUUCCAAAGGCGAAGCGGAUUUCUCGAAAACUGUUGCAGUUGAGGAUGAGAUAGAGAACGGAGAAAAAAUAUUUAUUGAAAUAUCAGUGAAAUAACUUCGAAAAUGUCUUCAGCGGUCGAGAAUGGUGUCAUGCCAGAUGACACGAGAGGCACAACUUAUUACUUCAACAAAGGCCGGACCAGUGCAACAGUAUGGCAGCGACUAAGUCUAUUUUUCUCUAUCUACUGGAAAUCCAUUAUAGUUGUGGUCACACCUUUGGUUCUGCUACCAAUACCUAUUAUGAACGCAUCUGCAGAAAAUGCUACUGCAUAUAAAUGCAUGUAUGUUGUCCUAAUAAUGGCCACAUACUGGGUGUUAGAACUGCUACCUCUACCCGUCACAUCUAUGCUGCCUAUUGUCCUAUUCCCUACCCUGGGUAUCCUGGACUCAGACAGGACCUGUGCAGCAUAUAUGAAGGAAACUAACAUGAUGUUUAUGGGCGGCCUUAUGGUAGCUGCAGGGGUGCAGCACUCCAAGCUGCCUAAACGAGUUGCCUUGUGGACGGUCCAGGUUGUCGGCUGUUCACAUAGACGAUUAAACCUGGGGCUGACUUUCGUGACCAUGUUCAUCUCGAUGUGGGUGUCCAACGCCGCUGCUACCACUAUGAUGGUACCAAUUGUCGAUGCCAUCCUAGAAGUUCUUGAAGCGCAAGGGCUUGGCGACGUCUAUGUAAACCGAAAAAAGGCACAGCCUGAAAAUGGCAAAGAUGCUAAAGUUCAGGAAAAAAACACAGACGAAGAAAGUCUAAUGCCAAGUAAUAUAACCAUCUGCUACUACUUGAGUAUCGCAUAUGCAUCCACAUUAGGAGGCUCCGGAACUCUAGUCGGCACCGCUACUAAUUCCGCUUUCAAAGGAAUAUUCGAUUCUGAAUUCCCGGAAGUGUCUGGCUCUGUGGACUUCUUCUGGUUUAUGGCGUACAGUACUCCACCCAUGUUGAUCAUGCAGAUACUAGUGUGGGUGUCCUUGCAGGUCACCUAUAUGGGACUCUUUCGGCCGAACAGCGAAGCCGCCAAGAAAGUAAACGUGGCGUCCACCGGAUCCCAUAAUACUAUGAAAGUCAUCAAGGAACAGUACAAGCGGCUUGGACCUGUCACUUUCCACGAAAAGGCUUCAGGGCUGCUAUUCCUGUUGACUGUGUUCCUGUACAUCUUCAGGAAGCCUGGCUUCAUGCUGGGGUGGGCUGACGUCAUCACCGAAAUGAAAGUAAAGGACGGCGUGGUUUCUAUUUUCAUCGUGAUCCUGAUGUUCAUUCUGCCGAUGUCCAUGGACUUCGCUAAGUUCUUCUGGUCUUCCGCUUCUUAUGAAGAACUGUCAUCUUCCAAGCCUUCCCCCGGUAUUGUCACUUGGAAUAUCCUGAAGGAGAAGAUCCCAUGGGGUCUCCUGUUCCUUUUGGGCGGUGGUUUCGCCCUAGCCGAAGGCAGCAAGGAAACCAAGCUGUCCUCAAUGAUCGGUUCAUCCCUCAACGGCCUCAACGGGUUGCCUCCUUCAGUGGUGCUCCUCGUGGUUGUGUUGGUGACGCAGUUCAUCACGGAGUUCACGUCCAACGUCGCCAUCGCUAACCUCAUCCUGCCCGUGCUGGCUAAUAUGGCUCGCGUCCUCGGCAUGGACCCUCGAUACCUGAUGGUCCCAGCAACACUAGCUUGUUCCAUGGCCUUCCACAUGCCUGUGGGGACUCCACCCAACGCGAUAGUGGCCGGCGUCGCGCAUAUACCCACUUCCAAAAUGGCGAUCGGUGGGAUUGGCCCCAAAAUUAUCACGACAUUGCUCAUAUGGGGCGCCUACCCUACAUGGGGGUCCCUUAUCUUCAAACCGGAAGACAUCGCAGCUUUAGACAACUCCGGAUUAUCCCACAAGGCCAAUCUCACUCUGAACUGCGACGUCUCACCAAAUCUCUUAGAUCAGAACGCAGCGUUCAAUUGUACUUCAAUGACGUCCAAAAUAGCGAAUAAGACGUUAGCGUUGCAAAUCAGUAAAAGUGCGUUUAAUUGUAAUUAUUUGCCUUUUGGUAAUAGUUAGAAGAAAUUUUGUACAAGCAUGUCAUCUCACUCAUACAUUAUGCACAGGUGUAGUGUGCGAGUGAAACGGCAUGGUUAGCGCUAUUAUUGAAGGAUUCGAUUCAAUCUCACUCUAAACUGCAACGUUUCACCAAAUCUCCUAGAUCAAGAAAAUCUAGAUCUCCUAGAUCUAGAAAAGUGCGUUUAAUUAUAAUUAUUAAUUUGCCUUUUGGUAAAAGUUGGAAGAAAUUUUUGUGCAAAUAAUUAUUUCAUCUCACUCCCACAUUAGGCACAGAAGUAGUAUGCGAGUGAAACGGCAUGAUUAGGGUUAUUAUUGAAGGAUUCUUUUCUUUAUAGGCGCAGGUUAUAGGGUAUUUGAUGGUUCAAAGUUCAAAACUUUAACGCUAAAGGUCGCUGCAUGUGUUUUUUCCCGUCCCAGACGGGACGGGAUGAUUUCUCGAAGUACUAUUGGACAACUAGAAAAUGGAUGGGGCGGGGCGUUCCAGUUGUCCAAUAGUAGUUCGAGAAAUCCUCCCCUCCCGUCUCGUCCGGGACACGACACAAAAAACACGUUACGUAUGCAGCGACCUUAAAUUAGAUAUAAUUUGAACACGGCUUAAAUUAAAAUAACAGCACACUUGCACAGGCACACUUAAACUGAUUUAGUUAAAGUUUUUAAUACUGUCACUUUUUGGUAGCUGCAUUAUUCUUUAAAAAUCCCACGGGAAUUCAUUGUUUUACUGGAACAUAUCUAAUACACCUCAUGGAAGACUAUUUGCUGUCACAGAAUGUCGUGUAUGGCGGCCGGCUGAUUUGCCAAACUUAUUUUAAAGUUGCCAAACACAAAAAAUUUACUGUAUCCCAAAAAGUGUGGCCAGUUGAUUUGCCAAAUGCCGAACUAGAUACCGUAAAAUUUGUCCGAACUCGAAUCAUUUGCCGAACUCGGGUAGUGGAGUCGUACCAUUUGAACCAUCAAGUACCCUGUUUAAUAGUUGGGAACAGAAUGUGAGGAAUGAGUAUGCCUGCAAGCGAUUUUGGUGCUUGGUGGGUCCAAUACAAAAUGUUGCCAAUAUAUUAAAAAAUUAAAGUAUUUAUUGUAUUACUUACCAAUGUGCUAAAAGAUUUUGGUAGACAUGUUUUUAGUUUUUAUUUUAGUUGUACUUAUCUUUUAAUUUAUAUCAGAUUAGAGUACUAUCACCUUUAUAAGUCACGCUGAUGUACCUGCGCAGAAAUCUUAUUUUUGAAUGGCGCGAAAAUAUCUCGGCCAAUAAUAGCGCGCGUCUGUUCUCUAUUGGUUGUUGCCGUCGCGCCAUAUUUUGGACGCGCGAAUUAUAAGCGAGACAGCACAAGUCUCUGUUGCUCUUGUAUUUAAAAUUUCGCCAGUCAAUAAGGUCUGUAUUUCAUUGGUGUAAUUCAAUUUUAGUUGGCAUUAGGUUGCGUUUUCUGCGCAAACGAAUUUUGCCGAUGCGACUUAUAUAAGUGAUAGUACUCAAUCCACUUAUCUUUUAACUUAUAUCAGCUUACCUACUGAUACCAUACUCUGUUUGGUUAGGUACAAAUCAUCCACAUUUUAUUUUUCAUAAGUUUUUUUUUGAAUUGGCAAUUACUUAAUUGUAUUUUAGACAUUAUUUUUUUAUAUUAUCAAAAUAAAACCUUUUAGCACAAAGCAUUUGUUGUGUUCAAAAACAAUAAAGCAUUUACUUACCUACAAUAUUUUUGUAGUACAUACUUUUAUACAGUAGAUAAAAGGUUUUAUACUUAACUGUGUAUCUAGGUAGCUAAAUUUGUUGUGCACAAUCUCUAAAAUAACAGCCGAAAUUGAUAAAAUCAAUCUGAAUCCGUAAUCUGUCGAUACUCAGCGACGUUGGUAAUUGUCAAAAAGAUCAUACAAUUUUGGGCGAACAACAAUAUUGCUAAGUAACCAAUCGACAGUGUAGGUACAGAUAGAAUUGAUUGUUAAUUUUGACUGUAAAUAAUACAGCUCUAAAUCUAGUGAAAGAGGAAGAGGAAAGAAAGGGAUUGCUAUAAUACGGCUAAAAUUAUUAUUCAAUCUAUCCCUAAUCUGUAGAUAAUUUUUAUUAUCUAUAAUAGACUAGUACCGUCGUGACUCGUAACUUCGCCUGGGUUUUGACAUAAUUUUGAAGUUGGCGCUAAAACUAGAAAGUUAUUUGGCAACAC